AUGGGAACAGCCGUUUAUUUAGCACUAUGCUUCGGCAUCGUCCUCGGCUCGGCCAAACAUCAUCAUGCCUUACGUGGUCGGUUUUUCGUCUUUGUUCACUUCAUUUAAUUAUGGAAGAUACAGCUUUAAUGAUUAAAAAUCACUAAAAGGGUGAGUGAGUCCUAAAAAGUGAUCGAUGGAGCAGACUUGCUAACUUUCUGCAAAAUUAGAGAAAUUUAGUCGUUUUUUCAAAUUUUUUUAAAAUCUUGAUGCCUUUUUAAAAUUAACUUUUGAGAACCUCGACCACGUUUCAAAUCAGAAUGUGCAGCUAGGUUGAAAUGUUAAGUUGAUGAGUGUAAUUGCGUUUGAAAUAGAAUAAAAAGUUUCAGUGCAAAAAUUGUUUUUAAAUUUUUUUAGUUUGAGUGAACUAUAAUUGUUAUUAUAUAAUAUUUAUUUAGUUUUUUUCUGCCUAUAAAUCCGUUUCAAUUUUUUUCACAAUGCUUGAUGACUGAGGUGAAAAAAAAGGAAAAAAAUAUUUCAACUAGCUAUUAAUUUUUUCUCUAACUGUUCAUUGUUUUCUAGGUUUUUUUGAGAAUUUGCAUGGAUUAAUUGUGGAUUGAGAUUUAAUCAUCAUCAUUUUUCAGCGCCUGUUAUCAACCUGCAAGGAGCCGAAGAGCUGAUCGCCGUGGUCCGCGAAGAUGAAAACAUCAUUUCGACUGUUCCCGACUUCUCCAUUGUUGUGGAAACUGGUUAGUUUUUUUCUCCUUUAUUUGACUUCCAUUAAUAUUAUAUAUCAUUUCGUAUAGCUUUUAUAUAAUUCCCAAACUCUUGCGCUUGCCAUUUGAAGAAAAGGAAAAAAAAAAAUUAACUAUGCGUCGAUUGCCCUUGUUUGCCGCGUGGCUCUGCGCCUUUAAUUGGCGCCAUUAACGGGACGGAGUAGGCGUUUCUCUUUUUUCGGGGGAAAGAGUUGAAAAACUGAAGAUUGUUGGAAAAAGUGUGGGAAAUGGACCAGGAUGUAGGGUCUAGUUCAUUUGAUUGGUCUGGAGUUUUUUUUUUGUUUGAGAGAAAUAAUUUCCUGCUUGGUUCGAUGGUUGGAGGUGAUUCAGCGGAACGUUUCAGUCAAGUUGAAGAUUUGAUUAGAGAAAGUAUAGAGUUUUUUUUUGAAAUUCUACGAAAAAAAAACUGCCGAAGAAAGAAGGAAAACGGUUAAUUUGUACGAAAAUGAAAUUUUCAAACUUUUCCAAAAUUCAGAGUUUUCCUUUCUUUUAAUCAAAAUUCACAGGAAUUUCAUCCUAACCACUUCGAAAAUGAAAAAAAUUCAAAAAUAAAGGCCUUUUGAAAUCGUAUUCGUGAUGGUAAGACUGUUUUCCACUCAACUUUUUGACUUUCUUGAAAAAUUUUCGAAUUUUCAAAUUUCCGUAGUUUUCGAUUAAAAAAAAUUUAAAAAAAAGAUUUUUGAUCAAAAACUUGUGUAGAGCCUCGCAAGCCAUACUUUCAUCUUUGCUUAUAUUUUUGAAUGUCAAAAAACUUUUCCGAGGUUUCUUUUUUCCAAAGUUAUCGAUAGAGCAACUAAUCUCCAGGCGAAAGAGCCGCCUUCUUGAACAAUGCCAUAAAUCAUUAUUGGGCGUCGGGUUUUGUUUUGUUUUGGCUCGACUUGGCAUGGAAUGAUAGACAGGAAGCGGUCGAGUGUGAAUGGGGGCUUAAGUGCGUGAUUCACAACAAUCGGGACGAGCAAAAGCGUCGCGGGGAUUACUUUCCUCGUCGUUUCGUUCCUUUGCUGUCGAGAAAAAACGUGGCCUGGAAAUGGCAGCCGUCAUUUCCAACUCACUUUUUUCGCGCUACGGGAAAGCUUGGAACUUUGAAAGAUCGUAGAAAAAAUGUUUGAUACUAACAAUUGGAAAAUAAAGGAUGUAUGGUAAACCUAUGAUGAUAAGAAAGGGAUGAUUUUUCUUUGAACCAGCUUAAAAAUUUUUUCCAUUAGGCGCAGACUGGUUUUGCGCCAUUUGGGUUUAGGCUGAGUUGGAAAAAAAAUGAGCGUUAGGGUGAAAUUUUUCUCUAAAUCAAAUAUGUUGUAAAACCCGACUUUUUAGGAUUUUAUUUUUCGAUUGAAAAUGGCUUCCAAACAUUUUUCAUUUUAUAUGAUUUAUUUAAGGGCGCAGGUAUUCUGUAAAAACUUAGUUAAAACUAAAAAGAGCUUCGAAAAAUUUUUUUUUCAUUCUCAAAGAAGGUUCUGUGCUAUUUUUCAACACUCGAGAAACAAUUUUGAAUAAUUUUUGAACAUUUUUGAUAUCAGGAAGUUUUUUGAGCGCUUAUUGAGAGCUGCGGAGCACGUAGGCGGCUCCAAUUGAAAAAUAAUCCCUUCUACUGUUAGGAUGGGCUUCUUAAGGAUCGGUUUAUUUUAGCGAUUCAAAAAAAAAAAGGAGAGUUUUUUAAUGUCUUCUCAUGGUAUAAGCAUGAGAUGAUUCUGCCUUGAGUCAUUGAAAAGUGGGUCCUGGCACGGUGAGAAAAAAUGAGGGAUCAUCUAACUGAUGGAGAUCACAGACAGUGCCACACCCAUGCGUGAAUGGACUUUAUACCGGUUCUUACUGAUUUGCUUCAUUUAUUUGUCACUCAAAACACGGUUUUCAUGAAAAAAAAAGUGUUUGGAAAGUUUGGGGAAUCGUUGGGGGAAACAGCAAACUUAAUUUUGAGAUCGAUGAGAAAUGGGUAAUUAUUUCCCCCUGGAAAACUUGAAAAGCAGUGGUGUUAAGUAACUGAUUUUAUUGAUCUUUGUUUGCAGGACCGGUGUGCAGUUACCUGGUGACGUCACCCGACAACGAGCCGAUUCCUUUCGAAGCUCAACUCGUUGACAAAACCACUGGCGCCGCCAUUCUUCGUGUUAAGGUAGAAAGAAAGUUUGAACUUGAAAAAACUCAAUCAAAAUUUGAAAUUUAGCCACUUUCGGUUGAUUUUUACUGUUAGAAUAUUCAUUUAAAGGGCCAAAAUCUGAAGAAGAAUAUGAAAAAAAGCCAAUUUUUCAGGACGCGGCCACCCUGGACUGCAAAAAGCCCGAGUACAACCUUCAAGUUCAGGCCGUCAAGUGCGAUAACGAAAACAUUCGCAGCGAGGCGUUAGUUUUUUCUUCUUCUCCUUCCGACAAACUCUCGGCUUAUUAACGAGGCAAAAUGCAAAUUGGCGCGACUUAUUUGCAAUCUCGAAGGGAUUACGGUAGCCAACAAGAGUUGUUACAUUGGAAAUUACGGGAAGACGCGUAUUAAGUGGGGCGUCGAAUAAUUUUGCCCCUUCUCGACUUUUCGGAUUGAGUGGGAGGGGAUGAGAAUCUUGUAAGGGGUUAGAAAAGGCGAAACCUUCGAUGAACUUGGAAAAUGGUUGAUCUGGAUGAGUCCGAAAGAAGUUUUAAAAUAGAAUUGUACGAAAAAAGGCCUUUAAAAGACCUUCCUAGCUCCUUUUCGUGACUUUUCAGCCGAAAGGUUUUUUUUCAAUUCAUUUUAAGGCGUGGAAAAAAAGAACUUCAUAGGAAGUCCCAGGAAAAAAAAAAGAAUAAAAAGCCGAUGAAAGAUCUUCUCUAGCUUAAAAAAGAAAAAAAGUCUCUUCUAGCUUGAAAAAGGUGCACAGAAGAACUUUUUGCACGUUUUUUUGAGCUCAAAAAAGGUAUUUUCUAGCCUUUUAGGAUCAUUGAAAUCAGUAGAACUUCGUCCGAGUAAUUUGAAUAAAUCAAAGUAUUUUUUUCCGAAAUGGAGACAUUUUUUUAGUUGUGUUCAUAGAAAUGAGAUUCAGAAACUUUUUUUCAAAUUUUUAUUGUUUUUUUCUGCCAAAUCAAAGGAUGAUCUGUUCGAAAAAACGGAUCAAAAAUCAUGAAACUUUUUUUAUGUAUAGUUUCAUUAUGAAAAUUAUACCUUCAGAAAAUUUGAAAGUUUAGGUUUUUUUAGAGAUAGAAUGAGGUCUUCAACAAAUUUUUUUAAAAGGUAAUUUAAAGUUUUUUUCUUUCCAAAAAAACUUCAUUUGUCACUUGAAUCAACCAAAAAUGACAAGAAUCUGUAUAUACCUGAAAAGGAGGACAAUCACUUUGCAGAUUUUGAAUCAGUCAGAAAGCCUUGAAUAUGUUGAUUGGGAUGAAAGAGUUUCAGAGUUUCGUUGAAAGUCCGCGUGAAGGACACCAAUAAUCACGCGCCGGAGAUCGAAAAUCCCUGGUACACUUUCCACGUCGAGGAAGGUGAUUUUUUGAAGUUUAUCAUGGAAAAUGUAAUUUAAAAAAAGGUGAUGAGCAUAUUAAUGAGAGAGUUUUUUGAAAUGUCUUUUUAAAGCCAACUUUUUCAGUUUUUUCCAUGAAAUCAAAGCUUUGGAAAGCGACCAUAUGAAUAUUUGUGGAUACAGGAAAAGUGGUUGACAUGAUCGGCGUGCUGAAGGCGUCGGACAAGGACUGUGGCCAUCCCUUCGGGGAAAUCUGCGAGUUCGAGAUCACGAAUGGCCUCAAGGAGCUUCCCUUCGCUAUCAACAACAAGGUGAAAAUUCAAAAAAGACCGAAGAAUCCGGUUUUGAAUUGGCCUUGUCAGGAUUUAUUUUCCUCCUGUUGAAUGCCAAAAAAUGGGCUUCACUGAGUAAUCCGGUGCUCAAAAGUCACUCCAAAUAUCCUACAAAGAAAUUCAUUUUUCUUUUUGUUUGGGAAUUUCUGAAAAUUGUCCGAAACGCUCCUUGAUGUACCAAAAAAAAGUUCCAAAAGUCUCAACCUCCACAAAUUCCUAGUUGUUCAGAAAACUUGUUUAAAGUCGAAGAAAAUCUCUAAUAUGAGCAAUACUGAGCGAUCGCAAGUGAUGGGGGUUUUAAAAAUUUAGAAAAUUGUCUAACAUCUUGUGUAAAAGUUUGGUGGAGAUUUGUUGAUUUUUUGCCGAGAUAUGGAAUUUCGAAGCUUUUAACCGUAAUCCUUUAAGCUACCGUAUCUCAAAAAAAUUAGCCGAGUAAAGAUAUUUUUGUUUUUUUGUGUAAAAUCUUAAAAUUCGGGUUUUUUGAAAAAUGUUUGAUUUAGAUAAAAGUUAUCGUAACGGAAUUUUUUUCAAAUCAAUUUUUAAAAAGUUAAAAUUUGCGCCCAGCCUUACCAACGCGAUUCCGUUAAAACAGGUCAUUUUUUGACUUUUAGCCCUUAUUUUUCGUAAAAUAGAAAGUUAUGCGGAUUGAGACUUUCAAGAUUUUUCAGGUACAUCAAGAAGUGUCCUGACCGAUUUUUUCAAAAUUACCAACCGCAGAAUAUAAUAACCUCUCUUGUUGGUGGAAAAAAGAUAAUUUUCUGGAUUUCCAGGGAGUUCUCCGCACAACGCAGCCUCUCAACUACACCCAGAGCAAAUCCUACAUUUUGACCGUUGUCGCGAAUGAUUGCGCCAUGAGGUUUUGGAACGAAACAAAAUUGAAAAGCCAAUGAAGGCCAUUUCAGGAAGAGCAAAAGCGCUCUGGUGACAAUCCAUGUUGACGAGAAGUGCGUCCAGGGCGUCAAUGGCGUCAACGAGCGGUGAUUUUUCGAAAUUUUCAAGAUUUUUAGCCAAAAACUCAUGAAAUUUGACUAUUUGAUUCGAAAUAAAAAAAAUAGGAAGUCCAUAUUUGUUUGAGGCUAGACAGAUUUUCAUGCCGUUUUUCAUGGUAAAUUCCGCAAAAUUUAUAUUUAUUUCUGACUCUCCGAAAUUUUUUUAUCUUUUUUUCAGUCUCUGACGGCAUUUUUGUAAUUUCGCAUCACUUUAAACACGGCAUUAAUUCUGAGAAUGGAGGAAAUCAUGAUUUUUUUUUUUUUGAAAAAACUUUUUUUUCCAUCAAAAAAAGGCGGAAGAAUCUUCGAUUCCUGUCCUUUUUGUUGUCCGAAAAACAAAAAGAAGUUUGAAGGAAAAAAAUUCGCUCUUGAGCAAGAAAAAUUCAACUUUUUUUCGUCAAAUAAGACGUUCCGAAAAAAUUACGCAUAAAAAAAGUAUUUUUACCUUCAUUUUUUUCUGUUAUUUUUCCGCAACUACAAAUGCCGAGCUUGUGAUUGGAUUUUAUAGGGAAAAAAAUUAAAGUGAACUGAAAAUUUUUUUAGAUAAUAAAAAAAUUUUUUUGCUUUUUCACGCGCGAUUUCGAAGCUUCAAUUUGAACUUAUUUUUUUAUAUACUUUUGAACUGAAACAAAAAAAGUCAUGUGAGAAAAAAAUGCUCGGUUUUUUUAAACGAGAAAACAAAAAAAUCUUUGUUUUUUUGUUUGAACCCUUCGAAUUUUUAUUUUUGAAAAACCGGUAAAAUUUGAAUAAAAUCAAUUUUUUUCUCAUGUUUCGAUUUUCGCGAAUUGAAACGGCGUGGUCGCAAUCGGAAUGGCUCGUUAUAUGUAAUAUGUGUUUGAGCGCAAGUCGCUUCGGGUCGGUCGCGCUUUGAAUCAACUUCUUUUUCACAGUUAAGAGCUGAGCCAUUCCAAAUGCGACCAAAUUCGAUUAAUUCCAAUGAGGAGCCAAGCGCUCUAGCCUCUUACCUGAAUGUUUCUCUUUUUUAUUCAUUCAAUUUUUUUCCUGUUUCAGGGUCAACUACAACCCUGGAAGCGGCAGUAAACUCCUUCUGCCCGACGUCAACCUGGAGUUCUGCGAAACUGUUGGAUUUAUUUCUGAAUUAUGAUAGAAGUUUCUGAAUAUUUUAGGACGCCGUCUGCGAGCCGAAGCACGUCGAAGCUGUAGUUGAACUUCGAGCUGGACAUGUUACGCAAGGCUGCGCUCGUGAUACCGUCUACGACAACCAGACCAUCCAAUCGUGCGCCUCAGGAUUUUUCAGAUUUAGAAGAAGUUGACUUCAGAUGCGGGCUUUCCCCAGCCACGGUCCGACUCCUGAACGAGAAAGAAAUCGAGACUUCGGCUGAGAAUCACGUCGUCGAGAUGGAAGGCGUCGAGUUCGACGGAACUCGUGGCGUCGUCGUUGCUGAUGACAAGUUCAAGGGUGAUUAGGAAUUUCUUCCAAAUCACUCUUAUCGGAAGUUCUUCAGGUCUGAUUCCGGACAAGUUUACGCUGAGCUUCUCGAUGAAACACGCCGCUGGAACCAAGGAACAGCAGAACAACAAGCAGAAUAUUCUCUGCGAAAGCGACGACUUCAGUCAGUAUUCGUAACACAGGAAAUAGUGAAAAAAAAGGAAUUAUCUCAAAAAAUGAAGAAUAUUCGAUAACCGGCUUUCCAACGUUUGGAAACCACAUAGAAUAUCUCCACGGAGUUUUGAAAUUUUUUUUUUUGUAAGUUAAUCUGUAGCUCCGCCCGACCUCGGGAUUUUUCAACUGUGCUGUAGGAUGGCACUGCGCGCAAGGCGUUUUUUGUCGGUUGCGUUUGAAAAGCUCGUUUUCUAGAUGCGUGUUUAUCCAUUCCAAGUUAAAAGUAUGAUAUACGAAAAUUACUAUCGAAAGAAGAGCACGACUAACUUUUUUUUUGCCAUCGGGAAAGUGUCUAUGUAAAAAGUUGAUGGUUUUGGGUACGAUUUUAAAAAAAAUCUAUCUGUGAGGUGUUAAGAAAAAAUUGUUCGAGGUUGGUAAGAAAAGCUGAAAACUGAACUUGUAAGUUCCAAGCGAAUUUCCUGUAAUACUGCAAUAACUGCAGAAUAAUAUUUAUAUUAACAGAGAAAUCCGAAGAAAAACAGAUUUUCCGUUUUUUCCUGGUCAUUUCCGCGAAAUUGGGCUGUAGGAUGGCGCCGCGCGCAAGUAUUGUUUCGUCCGUUGCGCUGAAUAUUGAGUUCCGUGAAAAGUCUGUUAACCCGAUGCAUUUUUCCAUACAACAUUGACAAUGCUAACACUGUAAACUAACGGAAAAGCCCAGAAACUAAGUCUUUCAAAAUUUGAAGCAACCCCUCUGAAAUAAUCUUUUUCUUGACAAAAAGCGCGAAGAAAAUCAGAUUUCCAGUAUUUUAGUCUUUUUGUCAAUGCUCUAAAUUAUACAAUCGAUAAAUUUUUUUUUAUUCCCAAGUGAUUUUCCUUGACACUACGUACCAAAAAAGCUUUGUCUCGUUUUGGGAUCUAUACAGACUUUCCCAGAUCCAAAAGUUCGACCGAACUCCAACAAGUUCUUCUUUUAAGCUGAACUUUGGGGAUUCAGACAUGAACCGCCACCACUUCUCGGCCUACAUCCGCCAUUGCAAGCUCGAGGUCGUCCUCCGCCGUGAAGCCAACGCCGCCGCCGACUUCCGAGCUGCUGAAUGGCGAUGGAGCAUGCCUGAGGUGCCGAAUGAGCUCUCAGAAGAGAGAAAAAGGUCCGAUCUCAGGUGUGCGACAAUGAGUGGCACUCCUAUUCGCUGCUCUUCAACGGAAUCGACGAUGUCAGCGUGAUGGUCGACGGGAAGGCUUUCAAGGCCGACGAACGGAAUCCGGAGAUCCUCGACGAUUGGCCGCUCCACAAGACCAAGCAGCUGGUUGGUUUUUUUGAGAUAAAAGAGAAGAGAACUGAUUUUUAAAGCUUUAAUGGCGUUGAUAUGUUUAUUUUUCGUCUACAAUUUGAAGAAUACAAAAAAUCAUAAUUAAAAAUUUAACUUUACAUGUACAGCUUCUCUUUGUGAUUCCAAGGGUAUAUUCAGAAUUCAUUAUUUUCUAUUUUUAUUUUUAUUGAUUGAGGAAAGGUCAUUUAUCGACUUAUUCAAAGUCACUUUUCUGAAAAAUGCGAUUUCGCAGAGUAAAUCGUUAAAUACGCUAUUAAGAUCAAUAUUUAAAAAAAUUUCGAACUCAUUUUUUCGGCUUCCAUUCGUCUACAAAAAGAUGAAAAAGAAGAAAGGUCUUCAAAAAAAUUCGAGUUUUUUUCAGGACAUUUUUUUCAGAUAUCUGUCAUUUUCUACUAAAGAAAAAAAGAAAAAAAUUCUGAUCAGAUUUAUAUUUUUUUAUUAUUAUUGUCCUUCCGCAGAAGACGAAACUUGUGGUCGGAGCCUGCUGGCACGGACGUCAGCAGCAGAUGGCGCAGUACUUCCGCGGACAGCUCUCCUCGAUCUACCUCCUCAGCGGAACCGUCGAAAGCCAAAGCGCGAUCAAGUGCGCCCACACCUGUCCCGAACAGCUCCAGUUCACCGGCAUCGAUGAACUUCUCGAGGGACAGGUUUUGAAUCAACUACAUUGGACUGAAGAAGUGUAAAUCCUACUUUUUAGAGCGCCACUUUCUCCCCUGAACAGACGACGGUCACCUUGAAGGCUGGAACUCCCAAGCAGAUCGCCCAGAUGCUCAGAAGAGUUUGUUUUAUUUUUGUCUAGGAAAGUGCGCUCCAGCGAGAAAAUAUCGCUGAGAAGACCUCUCUUUCGGAGGUUUCUGUGAAUUUCUAGGGAUCACUUAAGAGUACUGCCACCGCUAAAGUGGUCACUAGAUUUGUCCGGUUUGCGUUUCCAAGGUCCAAAUUCCAGGCCCUAGACUUGAAUGAAGAACCUAUUUUUGAAAACAUUUGAAAAGUUCUGGCAUUUUUUUAAACUUGGUUGCUCGUAGAAUGGCUCUAAGCGGCGUGGUUUGAGUAUCCUAAGGAUUUUCCAUGUCCCUUUGCGAAAGUCGCUUUAGGUCGGGCGUAUUAGAAACCGCGUUGCGCACAUUGAACCAUUCCACGUGCGGCCAAGAGUUUCGAAGUUGGGAUCGUUUCCGAGUGACUUGGACGAUUUGUGAUUGAUACAUUUUUUUUUAGUUGCUUUCAAUUAGUUUUGAAACUGGAAAAAGUCGAAUUUUGCACCGGAAUUCGUAACUGAAGGUUCCCGCUAAUACUAAUAUAUUUUCCAUCCAGAAAGUCUCCAAAUUUCUUUUCCGAUUUAUCUCAAAAAAUCUCCAAAGUGCGUGCAAUCGCCGCCGAAUAAACUAUAAAGAAUUAUUGUCCUGCUCCACUAAAUAUUCAGAAUAUUUGAUGCGCGCGAGCUUAUAAGAAACUUGAGAACCUCCCAGGAAGUUUUCUUUUUUUUUGGAAUGGCAUAUUUGCCCCGAGGCCAACCAAUUCUGAAUAGCAAACAUGGCUUGAUUAAGUCAAAAAGCCGAGAUUUUAGGUCGCCUACGUCAAUACCCAAGAAAAGCCGACCCCCGGACACAGGACUUUCCAUGUUUCCACGGAAGUCACUUGCAAACAAGACGAGAAGAAGGUUUUGGGAGAAAAGGCCGCAUUUUAAAGACGUCCGACGGGUUCAGAUGAAGCUGCAAGACGCCAAGGGCUACGUCUUUGUUCAGCAUGUCGCCGUGCCCACCUUGUCCAUCUCCAGCUCGUCGGUUCUGACGUCAUCUCAGCACAAUCUGAAAAUCGGGACGGCCAUGGUCCCCGACCUGCACAUCACCGUCAGCCAGGCCAACGCCGGUGAGCAUGGGUUCUGGGGGAAGAAAUAGCCGCGAAAAAUAGCUCUCAUUAAAAAAAAUUUAAAAAAAAUGAGCCACCCUGAUACAGUUUAUAAAAAUAGCCGCGGAAAAAAUAGCUGCAUUGAUAAAAAAAGAAAAAAGGGCCAAGAAGAGGAAAAAAAAGAAUCUGUCCAAAAAUCAAAUUUUGCUGCCCUUUUACCGUUUCUCUUUCGGUAAAACUAACCGGACACGCUUCGGACGUUUCUGAGCCAUUCUAGGGAUCACUUAAGAGUGCACAUGCUACUUAAGUGGUCACUAGAAUUAAUUCAACACGUCCAAAGCGCGCCUGGCUUGCCUUACCAAGACCCAAUUUGAAAGAAGUAUGAAGAUAGUUUAGCAUUGGAGCAUACAUUCCAAGCUCCUUACGGUUUUUUUUUCCAAUAUUUUCAAUUCUAAUCGAUAGAACGACGUUAUUUUUGAUGGAAAUCUUCAGAUGGCGAGAUCGAAGACGUGACGACGCAGCACAAGCUCGACUACUGCAAGAUGCACCUGCGGCCGGCCCGCGACAUGGACGUCGAGUACUUCUCCUCGCCGGCGUCGCUCAUCGCGUCGAUGAACAUCGAGUUCGAACACGACAAAGACGUGAGGAGCGGCUCCAUCAAUUAUACAUGAAUGUCCGAGGAGUGGGUGGGAAACGGGACAAGUUUCCUCUUUUGGAGACGUUUCUGACAAGUCUUACCACUUCUUAUGUAUAGUUUGGUUGGAGUAGAAGAAGGAGGGAAAUUUCCUUGUUUAGGGGUUUUUCUAGAAGCUUAAAGUACUUUGCAGUUUGAGAAAAAAAAAGUUCCAGGGGAAUAUUUAUUAUUUUGAAAAUGUAUGUGAGUUUUUGUGGAGAAUUAUAAAAGGAGAAGCAAAUUCCGAACGUCAAGUUUUGACUUGCAAUAAAUGAAAAAUUUCUCAAAAUUUUCCGGCAAAGUUUGUCCAAAGUUCUCAAUCAAAUCAUGAGAAGUACGUUUUUCCUAUUACAAAGAACUAAAAGAAAUAAAACCCAAAGAGUUUUUUUCUUGAGCUUCAUUAGUUUAAAUUAUCAUUUGUUCCAGGUAAAAAGUUUUAUUUUUUUCUAAACGAAUGAUGAAUCACCACUAUUGAUUUCCAAUAACUUCAAAAAAAUAAUUUAAGGUUGGGCUGAAACUGAAAUAAUAAAAUUGUGAGUUUUACCUGAAAAAGUUUGAACUUUUGAAGCGAAUUUUUAAGAUUUUCUGAACUUUUUCGAGUUUUGAAAAACUUCAGUUUUGGCAUAAAUUGGAGUCGUGAGAUCUUUCAGAAAACAUCUAUCAGAAAAAAAUUUGAGAAAUUCUCAAACUGAUCAGCCAAAUUUCAAUCAGCAAAAAAUUGGAGUAUUAAUUUUUCCUUUUCUUUUUUUUCCUUUGGAUGAAAAUCCCGAAAACCUCCACUAUAUUUCUUAUUCAUGCGCUCUUUUUUGCAAUUGUGUGUGGCUGGUUCCGGCUCAAAUUUCCGCUUAUGCCUCUCAAGCAUGUGUCUGUUUACUUCUACUCCAGCUCCCAAAAACUUGGGCCCACAUUUAGUUUUGAGGAAGCUCUCAAUGAAGAGUGAUUCAUGGCCCAAAAGUAUUGGCAACACUUGAUAUCCCCCGGAAAAAGAAGGCAAAAAAGCAAAGUCGUCAUUCGCUGAGGGCCAGAAUUCCUCCGGGACUGGUUGUUUUCGUGAAAGUCGGGUUUUCCAGUUCGAGCGGACUUUUUCGAAAUGAGACGGACUUUAUUUGGAAUCGAAGUCUCGAACUAUUAUAGUUCAGUAAGGCAAAGCUGAAAAAUUUUCGAACAAGGAUUUUUUUUCCAAGAAAAAUCUCGAAAGAAGAUCACAAUCAGACGUUAGUUUCCAGAAAUUGAUGAUAAAAAAUCUGAAUUUGUCAUUUUUAUAGUAAAAAUGGUGAAUAGUUGGAUUUUUUUAGAUACUAUUUAGGAAGUCUAGCUCCUAUGAAAAGAUACACGAGUUUCCUGUUUCAAACUUUGCUUUGAAAAAUAAUACGGGUUUUAUUUAUUUCCAUUCAUCUCUCUCUUUGUGUCCAUCACUUGUCUCCUGAUUUCUUCACAGAUGAUGUUUUUUUGUGAAUGAAAUAAAUCAUCAUUAUAAAAAAAAUAAGUGUAGCGGCUUCAGAGCUCGAAUCUCGCUUGUGCCUCAAAAAAAAAACCGCCUUGAUCUUCAAAAAAGAGCCAGCGGCUAAUGAUUUGGAGAUUUUAGGCGGAGCCGUUUUGAGUACAAAUGAAAAUAAAACAUUUAUUUAAAAAAAUUUCAAGCUAUUCAAAAACGUGAAAUGAAUCGAAAUUUGCAGGGAAUCCUGCUGCGUGGCGAAGAAAGCAUCCAAGGCUACAAGGAGGUCCUCUCCAAAGUCCACUACUUCAACACCCGGCCGGAGUCCUACAACAAGCGCGUCUACGCGAUCCAGUGCGCCAUGAUGAAGGGACGAGUCCUCAGCAACGAACUCGUCGUCACCGUAAGACUUUUGGGUUGGCUUAGUGGUUAGGGAGCCGGAUUGGUGGUCAGAGGGUCACGGCAUCGGCUCCGCUGUAGCUUCAUUCACCGUGAAGCGCUUUCAAUUUUAUUACUUUUGAGAGUGGUUGACCUGAAAGUCGUCACAAGAUCAUGUUAUCCAUGCCGAUCAUGGAAAGAUCUGAAAUCUAGAUUUCACAUAAAAAGUGGAUAGGAAGAUCUAUGAGGAAUUGUUUCUAGCUUUCAAAAGUGUCUAGUAUGAAAUAUUCUUCUUCGAAAAAAAAGUGUUCAGAAAAAAAGAAUAGAAACAAAGAAUACGCUUAGAAAUAGACAAAGGCAAGAAAAAGUCCGAAAAAAGACACUGAAAGAAAAUUUUUGUGUUUUUUCAGAAAGCAGCUCUCUAAUGCUUUUUUCACUAGGACAAUUUUUUAAAAAUCGAAAGAUCUUUUGGAUUUUUUUCGUGUUAGACAGACCUUAAUAUAUACUUUCUUUUUUUGAUAUUUCAUCUUGAAUUCAAUUUCCUAGAACUCCUCGAGUUGAAAAUCAUUUUUCUUUAAACCACAGGAUGUACACUAAAAAAGCUGGAUUUUCAUCAGAAAGUGUCUAGGAUUGAAUUUUGUUCCUGAUAGUAUGAUAUAUGUAAUUUUCCGAAUUUUUCAAUCAACUUGCUUAAAAACGGCGUCUGCACGCACUUUAGACUUUUCCCCUUCUCGGAAAUUCUCUCAAAACAUUCCCUUUCCAAGAAUGAUCGAGGACAAGUAGAUGUCUUUCCCAGCCGAAUAAAUAAAUGAAUUGGCUACCAAAGUUCGUUGUUUUUGGCUUGUUCCGGAGUGAUCGCCGAGGCCUUCGAAGACCGAGGCUUUUGGUCUCUUUUCCGUCGGCAAGGCGUGUGAUUUGGCCAUUUCCUCGCAACAAACACACGUCCUCACGCGUUUGAAUUAAUUGCGAACAGCGCCAAUCUCGCCUUCAUACCGUAGGAUUUUCCUUCGUCUUUUAUUUUUCCGCUCGGCGACGUCACACGUUGAAGCUGGAUGACUCCGCGACGAGGAAUACGAUACAUUUUUUGAAAGGGGUUUUUUUUGAAAAAAUUAGAGAAAAAGCAACAGGUUUUCAAAUUUUUGAAGAAAGUUCAUUCUCUACGCAUUUGAGGUUCAAUUGGCUGACUUUAUUUUUCUCAAAAAAUUGAGAAAAUUGAUUUAUAAAGCAUAUGUAAAAUCUACCAGAAAUCCAAUUUUUCAAGAUUAAAAUUUUCUUCAAACCAUUUUCUAGCUUAAAAAUUCGAGACGCUCUGGUUCACAAAGUUCAAAUUAUAUUUGAGCACAUUAUGCCGACAAAUUUAUUCAGUCAGUUGCCCGGGGGACGAAUUAGCCGUGGAGCGUACUAUUUCUGAAGUUUUAUGCGGCUGUUUUGUCCCGGUCGUUUGUAGAAAUUUCAAAGAGGCACUAUUUUCGGUUAAGUUGUUCCAAGAUGUUCUGAAUUUCAAAAAUAGCCCUUCCGAACCAGUUUCAAAUUACAUAGUUCAGAAAGUUUCGAAAUCCUAAACGUUGGCCGCAAAGCGAACGCCUCCUUUCUGUUGCGCCGAAAGAACCCGGCACAAAAAAGAAGGAGAAGAAGAAGUUGAAGAGAGUUGAGAAAAGGAGCUUAGCCCCGAGCCUCGAUUUAGUUUCAUUCGGUGGCCCCCGCCAUUCAUCGAUUUCGCCUCCGGGCAAAAGUUGUCGGCCCUUUUUCGGCAGUCGUGGGAACACCGACCAUCCGCUUUUCAUCAAAACUCCUUCUUUUUCCUUCUCCUUUUGACCCUCGACGUCGUCUUUUUUGCCCCACAAGUACAUCACUUCCCUUUCAGUGAAGACCCCAUUCAAAAAGAGAGAAAAAAAACGGAGAAAGCUCUCGAUCCUGAAGAAUUUCAAGCGGCAGUGUGCUUCCGCCCAAUUGGAAAUUCAGAAGAAGGACGAUUUUAGUCCGAUCUUUUGUUUAAUACCGGAUUUCUUGAUCUUCUCUUGGUGAAUAGAAUAGUCGAGUGGCUCUAAAGGGUUGAGGAUUUUUUGGAUUUUUCUCGAAAGGAGGAAUUUUUUCCGGUUUCGUUUUUGAACAAUAAAAGGUUACAUGGGGGUAAGUGAUCAAAAAAAUCAAAUUUCUUUCGAUAUAAUUUUGUGAUUACUUUUCCGACAUUUUUUGAGAUAUUAGACUAAAAAUGUUAGCUUUAAAGCAUCUCCCUGGCACAAAGAAUUUUUUUUCAAGACUUAUCGAUUAUUCAGUUUUUUUACAUCAUAAAGGAACAUCUAUACUUUUUCCUUAUUCAUUCAAAUGUUCCUUCUGAAAGCUUUUUUUGAGUCGAAUAUUUGAUCAUAUCACGAAUUGGCGUGCCAAGUUUGAAAAAAAUAGCGCUUUUUUUCUGAAAAAUAAAGAAAUAAAAAAAUUUUUCAAGGCAAAAAGGAAUGACCUUGGCUCGAUUUUUCGGACCCCUGCCCUCCAAUUUAAGCUUGAUAGCUUUGAGCUUUGCAAGUUUUUCAAGCCGUGAUAAUAAAUAAAUGAAGAUAGGAGUUCCCAACUUGUCCGCGACUAUACAUAUUGAGAACUUCCAGCACGCGGAACAAGAAAAAGUUGAUUCUCCUCUAAAGACCUUCACGGUAGAAUAACCAAGGUAUUUUUGGGCAGUAGACGUAAUCGAGAAGGAAAAAGAGAAGAGAUGAAAGGCUUGUUUUCACAGAUGGGUGAAUCUUUUCCAGAGGGAUGGAGAGGAGCUGAUGAGACCCGCCUGAGGGCACUCAAUAAGCAAUUGCCUUCGUUUAUCAUCCUCCUCGGGACGUCCGAUUCUUCCCCCUUUCUUCUUAUUUUUGGGAGUUAUACGGAUUUUUAUUUUGAUCAUUUUUUCUUAGGUUCUGUUCAGAGUGAUUUCGCAGAAUUUGAAACAGCCGUCAUUUUGAACACGGCCCUAGUAGGGAUGCCUUAAGUAAAGAUUCAAAUAAAAAAAUUUGAUCCUAAAAUAAAGUUUCAUUGUUUUAUUAGGUCCAUCUGAAACCUUCAAGCUGUCUAAUAUGAAGAUCAAGUUGCAAUCCUGGUUGUAUUUUUGGAAAAAUUCGUCAGUAAAAUAUUGUUUUUUUCUGAAAAUAAGUCGCAAAGAGGCACAUUUAAGGAUCGACUUGUAAGUUCUGUACAACUUUUCGUUUGUAAUUUUGAAAAUCAGAUAGUUUGGAGUAGCAUUAUCCUUAUAGUUCUGAAAAUGAAAAAAAAUACAAUUUUUUCUAAAUAAUAAUAGUAAUAAUAUUUUUUUUCCUUUAGUCUUGUCCAAUGUUCUUCAAAAAAAUGUUUUUAUAAAUCUCAAGCCAAACUUUGAAACAUUUACAUGAUCCGAAACGGACUUCCCAUUAGCUUUUCACAUUUGGCGAAAGAGCAAAAGUUGGGAAAUGGCGUCAGUUUUUCUUUUUCUCUUUUGCAAAGCAACCUUUUAUUCAUAAGUCAACUUUCCUCCUCGUUUUCCGCCAUUUGAGACCUCGUUUUACAUCAGUCUUUUUCAGUUUUUACCCUCAACUCUUCAAAAUCCAUUCUUUCUCGAUAAGGGCUCUUCAUAAACAUCUCCUAUGCAUCGAAAAUCUUCCAGGGUUCAUCAUUUUGUUUACUCUUUGUGUUGACAAACUAAAGGGAUUAAUACAGGAGUGGAUGUCCCCCCGGAGGAAACGAAAAACAAGUCGUCAUCACUGCGAAAUUAAUACUCGAUUCAUAUUUUGCUUCUUCAAUUUUUUCCUUCAAAGCAAAACAAUUUAUCCAGCUGCAUUCAAAAGGUCAUUUGCGCUCCAACGCAAAACAUGCCGAAGAUGGGAAAACGCAAAAUAUUUGUCGACAAGCUUCUUUUUUGUCGUUUUGCUCUUCUUGGGGGGGGCGAACCUGUGACCUUCUGAUUCAUAACCUGGCGUGCAAUCCACUUUACCAUCUUCUCAUUGAUUAUUCUCAAUAUUCUGAUUCAGAUGACGAUCGAAGGAGCGCCAACGACGACGACGACUACAGAAGCGCCGACGGUCUUCCUCAACACUGGCGAUGGAACUUUGGAUUCGUUGGAACUCAUCGAACGUCAUUUUGAGCCCGAAUUCGACCAACUCGGCAGCUCACGUCUUCAGGUUUGUAACGGAAAGGAAAAAAAAACGCCGAAAAUGCGACAAUGAACGAAAUCACAUAUUAGAUCAAGCCUGAACAAAGAGUUAUAAAGAAAGAAGCUAGAAAUUGAGUUUUUUGUGGGAUUGGUCCGUGGAGCGCUCAUCUACGGAAGUUUCAGCUUAAGAAAAUCAGUAUUUUUACUUUUUUCGAGAGGUCUGUGAAGCGGAAACGACUUUGAUUCUAGAAAAAAACUGUUUUUAAAAAAAGUUCUUUUUGGUUCCAAUAAAAAAAUCAUUUUUUUGAUCCAUUAACACGCAGAGGUUUCGUCACUGAAGUUCCGUAUCAAAAGAACUUCAACUUUUUUUGGCUCCAAAAUUUAAAAAAAAUCAGUUUUUUUAUGAACCUCUUGUCAAUGGAGCGCAUAUGAACCUCAAUUAAAUCAUUGUAAUCAAAAUAAACGGCUUAUUCAGCCUCAUCUUCAAACCUGAAAAACUUACUCAGAACUUCUUCUUGAGAUUUAAAUCUCAAGAAAAGGUUUUUUUUCUCAUGCUGAAUAAGAUGAAGGAGAUAUUUUACCUCUCAAUAAUGUAAACAUAACUUAAGGACUAUGUAGCUAAAUUUUCCUUAUUUUUGGAUACCCAUUAUCAAAAAAACAAUUUUAUUCGAACUUAUAUAAAGCUCAAUUAUAGUUGGCAACUGAUGCUAGUCUGUUUAUUGUGGAAGAUUGAAAAGUUAAAAAAAAAACAGAAGAGGCCCGAUUUCUGAACCGAAAUUGCUUAGUCACUUCUUCUUUUCAAGAACAAUUAUCAUUGGAGCUAUUUUUCUACUAGGAAUGAGCCCAAUUGAAGAUUUUAACUAUCAUAGAUGCUGCGGGAGCUCACACCACCUCAUUUGUCCAAAACACAAAAAAAUGAAUGAGAAGCUCAAUUUUCUGAGCCGCGGUUGUUUCGUCACUACUUCGCUUCCGGACCCAUUAUCACUGGAGCUCUUUUUCCCCCACUAGGAAUAAGCCCAAUUAGAGGUGCUAACUCAGUGGCAGACGGCGGCGCCACGAGGAAACGAGGCCAAUUUGGAGGCCUCUCGUGUUUCCCUUGAGCGGUUUUCUGAGCACGGCUGAGCUCAGCGAGCCAGGAGCAAAUAAUUUCGGGCUUGUGGGGGCGGAGCCUCUCGAGAUUCCGUCUCGAUAUUCGUUCCUAGCAGUUGCACCUUCUUUUUUUUCUCUUCUUCUUCGUCUCAAAUCUCGCCUCCGCUCCUUUUAAGAAUAUCGGAAAUUAUGAAGUUUGGACUUUGAAAAAAAUCCAGAUUUUUUUAAGAUUUUUUUACACCGUUUAGAGUUUAAGCUCAUUAUUUGUUUUUUUACUUUUUGAAAAUAAAAUUUGUCUUGAAGGCCUUAUUUGAAAAGUUCAUGAAAAUUCGAAAAAUUCUGAAAACUGUCCAUAAUCGUUCAAAAAAAUUUUCGAAAAAUAAGUAUUGAUUUUUUUCUCAUUGGUGAAUUUUUUUAUAUAUUUUUAUCAAAAAAAUCUUGAUUUUUUUGGAUAAAAAAAAUAAUAAAAAAAUAAAAAGACAAUAAAAAAAUUAAUUUAUUUGAAAAUGAGGUUUGACAAGCGAAAUCGACUAAUUUUUGAAAUUUUUUCCCUCGGAAUGUGGGCGAAACUACCUGAAUAAUUGGAUUUUGUGAUCAUUAACGUGUGAAAUUCAACGUUUCCGGCAUAAUAUUGCAAGUUCCUGGUUUUGAAGUUUUUUUUUCAAGUUACGAAACAUUUCAGUAAAUUCAACGAAAUUCUCUUGAUUAUUUUGUUUUUGAGCCGAAUUUUUUUUUUGAGAAUAAUUGUGUUAUAUGAGCGACUUGAUCAAAAUUAAAUUGCUGCUUUUAAUUUGAAGUUUUUUUCGUUUGACUGAAACCGAGAAGGUUUUUAAUUCGAUGGGUGACGUAAUUUCUGAAGUUUUCGAAAAGAAACACACAAAGAUUCAGGAAACUUUUUCGAAAGCUAUUUUAGAUGAUUUAUUUUUUUGGAGAUGGCUGGGAAAGUUUUUUAAAGGCCACUAUAGAGACUCGCCAAGGACUACUUGGAGAGGACAAGUGGUCCCUCUAUAGUAGCCACUAUUUUCCGUUUUUGUGGCCACUUCAGUAGUUUUUCAUCCUCCAGUAACUCUGAUAAUUUUAAAAGAAACAGAUUGGACCAGUUAUGUUGAUCCCAUGACCCCUAAAGUGGCCACUCAAAUUUUUUGUGUUCUAGUAGUAGCACUUAGACCCCAAAAAUGGCCACUAAAUUUCAUCCCCUUAGUGGCCACUAAUUUUACUACUGCAGUGGCCACUAAAAAUUUUCCCAGAACUAAAAUAAUCUGUAUAUUCAAAGAAAAAUGACCUUUAUGAUUAAUAAUUGAACUUUUCUCAAGUGACACUCUCUGAAGCUUCACCCAGUCGAUCAGAAACGACUUUAAGCAAUUUUUAAAAUUUAAAAACUUUCCAAUAAAAAGGAUCUUUUUUUAGCUUUUAUAUUUUAAAUUACGAACUGAUUUAAACCAGUUUUUCACCAGGAUAAGGAAGAAGUGGAAGGAAAAGAAAAGAAAAAGGUCAGACUCUCGUAUGAAAGUGACAGGCGGAGAGCGAAUUCAAUUAAAAAAAGAAGGGGCGCGAGCUUUCGAGCCCUUCUGACCAUCCUCGGGACGCCCCGUGCGCAAAUUAAAACCCUCUGUUUCCGUCCGCUUUUUCGUCUUUUUUUUUCUUCCUUCAGCCUUUUCUUGCUCAGAACUCGCGACUUUCCGUGCUAUUUUGGUGUCUCUUUUGGUCAUUUUCAAGCCGGGUGGUGUGCCUUUUUCAGAUUCAAUUUGGGAAAAUUGGAUUUUUUUUUUGCCAGUUGCGAUUUUUGGUUUUGGAGGAAUUUCUUAGUAUCAUUGGGAUUUGGUUGCUUUCUUAGAAGCACCUGCGUUUUCUGAGUUAUCUAGGAAUCUAGGGAGCAGGUGUUUUUCAUCAGUUAUGAUCCUGGAAAGGCGGAUUCGAUAAUUUAAAGAACUUUAAAAAAAAUUAUAUUUUUGUGACGAUUCAGUCAGGUUUCUACGGUUUUGAAACGCUUUUUUCUUCUGCGGUUUUGAUUUCUUUACUUCACUGUUUCAAGAACUGAUUAAGAUGUUGUAAAUUUUAAAUUAUUUCAAUCAAAGAGGUCUUAUGUUUUAAAAAAAUGUUCAUAUGAUAUUUCUCUCGUUUACUGUUUAUUUUCUCACUUCAAAACAUUUUUUUCUCAAACUAUUUUUUUUUGGUCAAUUUGAGUUCUCAUUCUUAAUUAAUUUCAGAACAUCCUCGAAAUGGACUUACCGCGACCCAAAGCCCUCCUGUCACAUCACGGAUACGACGUUGGUCAGGGAGCCAUUGCCGGUUCGUUUUCAUUUCAAACAAAAAAAUAUAUUUCCAUAUUGAUUCCAUACGAGCUUCUUCUUUAAGUUUGGAGGCUUUGUAUCCUCUAAAAGUUGUUGAAAAGUUAAAAAUCUAGACUUUUGCGCCUCAAAAUGUUUCCUUCUAUAUUCUUGCAAGGCUCCUUAUUCUUUGAGAAAAAAAUUCAGAAUCAAGAACAAUUUUUCAGGAGGAGCCGUAGCAGUCGUUGUAGUCGUAUGCGUUGGUUUCCUGUUGGUUUUGUUGGUUAUCGGAGUUUUGAAAAUGCGCGACACGCCCCUCCCACGACGAAGAAGGCAAAAGCGCGUUCAGGUAAUCGAUAAGUUUUGAACCCUAAAGUGAUCCCUACAGAAUGAAAUUUUAUGUUUUUGAGUAAUAGAUAAAACCGUUUAAUGAUUGAUUGACUAGUAAAUUUUUAAAAUACUUGAACUUUGGAAGAAAAUUGAUUCAAGAACCAAGAUAACACUGAUUUAUAAGGCUUUCGAAGAUUUUUUCUGAAUCAGGGAAUUGAGUAGUUCGAUAGAGCGCAUUUGUAAGAUAUUUCUGAAUAUACUGGUCAAUUAACUAAGUGAUUUUUUUAAUUUUUAUAAAAAAACGUCUUUUUGGCUGGAAACACUACUUUUUAUGCGAGAAUUCGAACUACGUAAAUUACAAAAAAAUUCGUUAUAAAUUAACUUUUUUUAUUUUUAGAAAAUGUGCAGUUUUGGAGUCACUUAAUUUUUAAGGAAAAAGAUUUUUCCGAAGUUCCUAAAUUUCCUCUGUGAGUCUUCGAACCUUCAUCAAUGUCAUUUUUUCCUCGAUUCUAAAAAAAACCAGAUGAAGUUUAUUUGACCUACGAGCGUUUCUUUUCUGUUUAUUUUCUCACACCGAGCGUUUUUCUGAAGUUUAUAACUCUUUUUUUCUUUCCAGAGCGACGGAGGCUUGCACUGGGAUGAUAGUGGGAUGAACAUUACUGUGAAUCCUUUGGACGACGUCGAGAAAAACGAAGUCGUCGACGAGUUCAGUGACGAGGAGUCCAGCGACGGGGAAAGGUAGGAAUUUGUGUUUUUGGAGAAUCGGUGUGGAUUUUAUCCUGAAAGCAGAGUAGUUUGAUCAAUUUCAGAACAGAAAAAAAUAUUUAAAAAGUAGAAUAUUUAAAAUUUCAGUUCUAGUCACCUUGCCUCAAAACAAAGAAGAAAAACUUUUUUUUUGAAUUUACAAGUUAUUUUUGCGAUGAAAAAGAAGGCCCUUGAGACGUUAAGAAAAAAAUACAGUCCCAAUUUUUCAAACAUUUUUUUGAGAAUUAAUUAUCAAAAUUUGGUACAAAAAAACUGAGGUUUUUUUGAUUGAGAAAAAAAUUUGAGUUUUUUUCGAUUCCCACGUUCACUACUGAAUGUAGAAAAAAACUUUAUUAUUUUUUUCUGAAAAUUCAUUUCGACCAUUUUAUGCAUGACUCAUUUCCCUGACCUUUUUUUAAUUCUCUGUAAAAAAAUUUCGAACCACUCAAAAAGCAAAACAAAAACCAGCGCAGACUUUUUCAAAAUUGCCCUCCUCAAUUAAGACGGAUUACUGUAACGGAACCUCGAGACCACCCAUCCGCCCACCUUCGAAAUCAACUGACAGAAAUGAAGAGACAUAAUUAGAAGCUUUUUGCGGCGGGAAAUUGGCCCAACUUAUUUUCUUCUCAAAAUUGAGCCAAUUUCGCUCUGCAGACUCCCAUUCAAACAUCACGUGAUGCAGAGAAAGAGAAAAAAAAAUUGAGAGCCCAAUUUUGUGAAAAAAAUUUUUUUCGGGUUAAGAAAAAGUUUUAUAAAGAACGAAGAUAACGUAGAAAUGUGAUAUCCAGCACUGGAAUUAAUUUUUUGUUAAAAUUACGUCAAUAGGGUACAAAAAAACAAAAGGGUUAUGAUAAAGUCGCAAAAAAAUCUAUAAUUUUUUUGAUUCAUAAAAUUUAAAAUUAUUAGUUAUAUUCCCGGCGGCUUUCAGUACCUCUCUUGGCCCAAUGAUAUUACGUUUUUUUCAAAAAUCUGAACCUUUUCAUGGUAAAGAAAUUUAUAAGAACUUCAGAAAAAAAAAUUCUAUUGGAAAGGGAGAAUCCGAAAAAUAAAAAAAAAGAGACAACAAUUCAAUAAAGCUCCAAUUUUUUUCUUGUUUUUUUAUUAUAUUUUUUUCGAAGAAAUUUUUUUAUGUUGAUUGUGAAUUUUUUUAUGGAUUAUCCAAAAUUAUCUAUUUUUUUCUUUUUAAUUUAUAAAAAAAAUACUGAUAUCGAUCAAAGGCUUAAAAAAAUGAGUUUAGAAAAAAAUCAAGAAUUAGGAAAGUUAUUUAAAUUGUAAGUGUUUUCGUUCUCAAAAAAACCCCGGUCAUAAAUACCUGCAUUUUUCCGCCUUGUUUUUAUUUUUCAUUUUAAAAUCAAAAAACUUUAUCUAGAAAUAUCGAAGUCUCUCUUUUUCCAGCGACUGCUCGUACCACGACGACGAGGAAGUGUCGGACGAGGAAGAAGCCCCGGAGGUGCUCCCCCACCUGGAAGGCAACCAACGGGCCGGCCUCGAAUGGGACGACGACGAGACCCUCCCGACCAACGCCCGCUCCUACCGAGUCUGA